AUGGUUCGAUACUCCACUGUCUUUUUCUUUGAUUUGAAAAUCGGGAGGAGCUCAUCCGUUCAGGCACGCGUCCUACGGCUCUGGGAGGCACGCCGUAUGAGGCAUGGGGUCAACAUGAAGUUCAUCGAUCUACUACUCAUCGAUGGGCAUGCCUCUUUGUGUUAUGAUUCUAUUUUUCUAAGUUAG